AUGACGACGCCGACUUCAUCGACUACCGCAGAUGGCGUCAAGGAAAGCACAGAGAUUGAUAUGGCUCUUCGAUUCCUGAACCACUGCCUUAGCAAUGCCGUGCAGGUGCACUAUCUCGUCACCAGCUCCCUGCAAGGGGGCGACUGGCAAACCUCCACGCUUCUGGGAGCUGAGGCGCAGGCAUACAUGGGUGCACUGCUUGCUGUGUAUGCGGCUAGCAGCGCUUUUCGGCGCCAGCUCGUGUCCGGGGACUCUUUGUACUACCUUCAGUGCUUGACAGAUGAGACAACACGGUCCGAUUUUGUGCGUGUUGCGGCAGCGCCGUCUUUUCCCUUUGCAUCUUUUUGA